ACGAUAUGUCAUAUUAAUUUAAUCCAACGAUGGCAAACUCGGUGCCCGUUUGUAGCAGUCGGUGACGAAUUCCCAAGUCGGCGGGUACGGUUCAUACCCGAGAAAUAAAACCUAGGCAGCCUCUCUAUUUAAGCCUAGCAGUUGCUGGCUCCCUGGCUCCCCGCCAUUCUCAGAUUUCCCGCCGCCUCCACCACUACCUCCGCCGUCACUCUCGCCCGCCUUGUUUGCUUACCGCCUUCUCCCCGUCGCCGAUACAAGCUUGAAGGUGUGUGCAUCCUGCUUUCUUACUUUAACUAAUUCCGUUUCAUGAAUUUGGGCUCCGUACGUUUUCAUGUCGGAUUUCCCUUUUCCCCUUUACAGUAUUAAAAUUUCUCCGCCGAACGAUUGAAUUUUUCUGAGUUUUAAUGAAAUCCCUCGAUUGGGUUUCAUCGAUGAUACGGUAGAGAGGACUUUUAUCGGCGGAGAAACAAUUUUUCGUUUUCUGCAACUUCUGUGAUUUACGGGGUUUGAUCUCGAACUAAGAGAAUUAAGCUUUGUGGGUGUACUUGUUUCCGUUGUGUAUUUGAGCAGGGAAUCGUCCAUGAUGCCGGAGGAUCAAGAUGCAGGGAUGUUUUGCUGCAGAUGCGGCAUCCAAAUGCAGCUGAACGCGGCCAACAUGUGCGUGAGGUGCCUGCGAUCGGAAGUGGAUAUUACUGAGGGUUUACAGAAGCAUGUCGUGAUCUCCCACUGCCCGGAAUGCUACUGCUACCUGCAGCCACCGAAGACCUGGAUCAAAGCCCAGUGGGAAUCGAAAGAGCUCCUCACAUUCUGCGUCAAGCGGCUGAAGAAUCUCGACAAGGUGAGAUUGACCCACUAUGAACUCGUGUGGACUGAGCCACACUCCAAACGGAUCAAGGUCCGCGUGACAAUCCAGAAGGAGGUCCUCAAUGGGGUGGUCCUCGAGCAAGCUUACGUUGUUGAGUACGUCCAGCAGGACCAUAUGUGCGAGUCUUGCUCCAGAGUGGCAGCCAAUCCGGACCAGUGGGUUGCAUCGGUGCAGCUCCGUCAGCAUGUUUCUCAUCGUCGGACGUUCUUCUACCUCGAGCAGUUGAUACUGAAGCACGAUGCUGCUUCGAAGGCUAUAAAGAUCAAGCAGAUGGAUCAAGGUGUCUACUUUUUCUUUGGAAACCGCAGUCAUGCUGUGAAAUUCCUAGAAUUUCUGGGGAGCGUCGUCCCGACCAAGAGUCGUGUUGAUAAGCAGCUGGUUUCUCACGAUGUCGAGAGCAGUAAUUACAACUACAAGUACACUUUCUCGGUCCAGAUCAGCCCGGUUUGUCGCGAUGAUUUGAUUUGCUUGCCGCAGAGGCUUUCUUCCAGCUUGGGCAACAUUGGGCCUCUUGUUGUCUGCACCAAGGUGACCAAUAGCAUUGCACUGCUCGAUCCUUUCACAUUGAGGCACUGCGAUCUGGACUCUGAUCAGUAUUGGAGGCAUGGUUUCAAGUCUUUGCUGACCAGUAGGCAGCUAGUGGAGUACGUUGUGCUGUAUGUCCAAAUCCCCUCGCCACCAAUGGAGGCGAAAAUCGGUGGGGUCAGGUACCUAUUGGCUGAUGUCCAGGUGGUUCGGUUGUCUGAUUUAGGUCGCAACAAAGUCUUCUGGGUGAAGACUCAUCUGGGACAUCUUCUGAACACGGGCGAUCGUGCCCUUGGCUAUGACCUCUAUGCAGCAAAUAUCAACUGUAGCGAGCUCGAGAAGUUCAAUUUGCCAGAGGUGGUUCUGAUAAAGAAAAGCUACGAAGAGGCAUGGCAGAGGAAACGAGGGAAGACUCGGAAGUACAAGCUCAAGCACCUGCAGAUGGAAGUUGACGACAGAGUCAGGGUCGAGGAAGAGAAGGAGAGGUCGGAUUACGAGCAGUUCCAGAGAGAUAUCGAGGAGAACCCUGAGUUGCGGUUCAAUUUGUCUCUGUACCGUAACAAGGAGUACCAGGAGUCGGAGGCCGGCUCAAUGGCUGAUGAUGCUACAGCUCCGUUGGAGGAGCUGCUUGCUGAUCUUGUGUUGCUUGAUGAGAGUGAUGAGGAGGACGAUGAGGGCACGAGGGCACGAGGGAAAUAAAGGGAGAUUGUGUUGGGUUCCUUUUUGUGUUAUUCAAGAAGUAAUUUUGAGUUGCUCUUUUAUGCGCCAUUAGUGUAAAUUUUCGGGUUCUUACUUAUGUUUAUGUUUUUUUUUCCCCCGGUGAUUCUUAUGUUUAUGUUUUGCCAUUCUGUUUGAAGGCUGUGUUUUGCUGUUAAAGAUUAAAUGUGGUUUUCAGAUUCGGUCAUUUGUGGCUUUGUAGCAUAUUCGGUCAUCUGCUAGUAUCUUUGGGUGCUCGAACAGAGAUUUUAAGAGUCGAAUUGAGAGAUUCAACUCGAACUUCUAGUACACGGUGGUAAGCAUGUACCAAGCACACUAGCAAUGAGUUUCGUCGAUUCUAAUAGACGGAGUUAGAAAUGGAUAAACGACAUUAAAGAAUCUAUGCCACUAACCCGUUACCACAAAUGGUUUCGACAUCUGUUGAUAUAUUAGUUCUUUGUUAUUGGGUGAAAAACGUUUGAUACCAUUUGAUAACUUAACUGACGGUGAAAUUUACCCCUACAGGAAAAAGGAGACAUUUAGGAACGGUCAAUUUGGCACCUCAACUUUGAGCCUUUUACUUAUUACUCCUUUGACCCAAGUUUAAUAGUUUUCCAAUCCAAUCACAUACUUAUGUCAUAGACUAGUGGUUUCUACACAAUUCUUUUUUGUUAGAAUUGGUUCCUAGACAAAUGACUGAUCUCAGGCUUUUGGCAACAAAAGCGCCCGUUGCGAAAGACAAGAGUUUUUUUUUUUUAAAGGUGAAUCUUUUAUUCCAAAUCCUAAACGAGGGGAAGCAAGCAAGUUUACAACAGUGGUUCAAUCAAGUUUGCAAUAGUAAUCCAUUCCACUGGUUAACAGCCGUCACGAGUGCUCUUUACCACCCAAUUUCUAGCCACGCCCAAUUUCUAGUUUGCAAUAGGGUUUGCACAACACAAUCUUUAUUGGAUUUAUAGGGUUUGCAUAUACGCAUAUUGUUGUAAUGUUCACAUGUAUCAUAAACUAAUAGAGAAUGUACAGUAAUGUAAUAUUCUUCAAGUACCGGCAGGCCAAAGCCGAAAUGAGAUCAUGAGAGUUCUUACUUUCUUGCUCUGGCUUUUACCUCCAUUAGAGAGUUAAUUAGGCUUAUGUUAGAGUUUGUUCAUUUUCCGUCAGAGCCAACAGAUAGGUCGGAUUUUUUUGAGGGUAUUUUCGUAAUUUUCUAUUGAUUUUCUGAAUCGCUAUUCAUCACCCUAAAAUUUAAAUUUUAUCGCCCUAAAACACACUAAAUUGACACAUUUAUCACUUGACCUAAUUUCUAAUUUAACACUAAACAAACGAUCCCUAAGCCUGAUCGCGAGGACUAAGAGUUGCUCCUUGUAUCACCGGCGCCGCCACAUUGCUCGUGCUGCUUUUGCUCGCGAUGACGAGGAAGGAGGAAGAAAGAAGCAGGAAGGAAGAAGAAGACGAUCCGACCGGAGCGGGAAGAAGUCGUCUCGUCGCCACCGUCGAAGAUAAGCUUCCGUUCCCCUUUCUUGUUUUCAAAAUCUGCGGCGGACGAGUUGAAAAUCCAUCACCGGCAAGCUCGAGAUAGGUCAAGAACUCGUCUCAAGCGCGCCGGCGACGGAGUUUCAACCCAUUCACCGCCUGUGCCUGUCCGAGGAACAGUCGAGUCGAUGUCCAGCCCGUCCGAAUGGAACCACCUCUUGAGGAUUUUACGAGUAAUUGAAGGAGAAGAAGAAGGAGGAUAAAGAGGGAUGGAUUGUUUUUCCACCCAUUUGAUUAGGGGGAAAAUUAAUAUGCUAACUUGAAGAUUCGUUAGCAGAUACUAACUGAUAUCCAAAAUACAUGAAUUAAUAUCCGAGUACGAAAGUAUCUAGAGAGUACAGACUAGUAUUCAAAGUUUGCUAACUGAUAUCCACCAUGAAUCAACUAUUAUUCCAAAU